CAUGACGCGACGCCAUUAUUGUAGGCACGCCAAACCGAUAUAAAAAAAUUGUUUGGGAAAUUUCGCAUUUUAUCGAGAAUUUAAAGACAUUUUUCAGGUCCAUUACUUGGUUAUAUUGCCAAUAUAUAUACAUAGGAAUCUUCAUUUAAAAUAUCUAGUACUACAACAAGACCUCUGGAGGUACCCCAGAUACUUUCCUGGCUAAUUACCCCCUAAGGAAGACAAUACAGUGAUGGAAGACAUUAAAACUGAACUGGAUAUGAAUAAUACCCAAGAAACAGAAGAUGAAGGCUUCAUAGUAAAACUAAGGGGUCUCCCAUGGUCAGCCACAGCGGACGACAUAACCAAAUUCCUUGGUGAAGAUGGGAUCAAACGAGUCCAAUUAACUUUGAGCAAAGAGGGGCGUCCCAGUGGAGAAGCCUUUGUAGAGUUAGAGACUGAAGAGGAUCUGCAUAGAGCCGAAAAGAAGGAUAAGGAUCACAUGGGGUCCAGAUAUAUUGAAGUUUUUAAGGUGAAUCGGGCUGAAAUGGAGUGGGUUAUGAAGAGAUCCGGCAAUAAUGCUUCUGUCAAUGAAGACGGUUGCGUCAGGUUGAGAGGGCUUCCGUUCGGUUGUUCCAAGGAGGAAAUCGCUCAGUUUUUCACAGGGUUGGAGAUCGUGGCCAACGGUAUAACGCUGCUGACCGACUUCUCGGGGCGCAGCUCAGGGGAGGCCUACGUACAGUUUGCGAACAGGGAGGUGGCAGAACGGGCUCUCCAGAAACACAGGGAAAAAAUUGGACACAGGUACAUAGAGAUAUUCCGGAGCAGCUUGGCGGAGGUGAGCGACGCGAUGGGCGGCGGUUACGGGGGCGGCCGUGGCGGGAUGCCGCCGAGGGGCGGCCCACCCUCCAUGUUCGGCGCGAGGCCCGGCCCUUACGACAGGGGAGACCGGUUCGGGGGCGGCGGCGUCGGCGGUGCCCGUUUUCCCGCCAGGGGCAGCAGGAGCUUCAAAAGCGUCGGUAUGAGUCUUUAUGCGUGGGGCGGUCCGCCACAGAACGGAGGUCCGCCACGUGGGAUGCCAAUGAACAAUAAACGAUUCGAUGACGAUUUCGAUUACGACACGUGGAGCCCGCCGAAUCGCCCGGUCCAGAACCACUGUAUUCACAUGAGAGGGUUGCCAUUUAAAGCUACGCAACAGGAUAUUGCCGAGUUCUUCAGACCGGUAAUCCCGAUGACGAUUCACAUCUUAACGGAACCGUCGGGACGGCCGUCGGGGGAGGCGGACGUCUGUUUCGCCUCCCACGAGGACGCCCUCAAGGCCAUGUCCAAGGACAAAAGUCACAUGCAACACCGCUACAUCGAGUUGUUUUUGAAUUCGUCGGGGGCGGGCAUGGCCGCCGGAAUCGGCCGAUUUAGACGUUAAUUAUAAUGCGUUUUUUUCUUUUCUUUUUUUUUAUACUAAGUCGCCAGAGGGAGGGAGGGAGGGGGCUCAAUUACUCAACUCAAGUCAAUAAGUGGGUAAUUUAGGAGGCAGUUCAAUUAAAUAAAUCUUCGAGUAUAAUUUUAACUAUCCGAGUAAUGUAAGUUAAUAGGAUUAUAUUCUCCAGUUUACUAUGAGUCUACUACUAUGUCUAGUUUUUUUUUUUGUUAAACGUACGGAAUAUUUUUAUAUUCAGAUAUAGUGUAUUUAUUUGGUGUGACGCAUGGAGAAAUAAAUGGAUUUUCGUUUA